ACAUGGUCAAAAUUGUCGAAAAAAAUUUCUAUGGUGACACCAUAUAUAUGGCCGAAAAAAAAUAUAUACCUUCAAAUUCGAGUUAUUCUCUGUUUAUUUCUGCUUGUUAUAGGACGCUUUAUUAAUGUUUCUCUACCUUUGUAUAAUAAAUGGAUUGUAAAUGGUCUUACUCAUCCCGAUCCAUCGAUUUAUAAGUUGAUUAUUAUAUCAUUUUUUUUAAAGUUUCUUCAAGGGAGUGGAGCGAUGGGUGGCUUUAUCCUUAGUUUGCGGUCUCUUUUAUGGAUUCCCAUUCAGCAAUAUACUACGUAUGAAAUCCAGGUGGAACUUUUUGAACAUUUGCACAGUCUUUCUUUGCGUUGGCACUUAUCGAGGAAAACUGGUCAAGUAAUACGAAUUAUGGACCGAGGCACAUCAUCUAUCGAUAGUAUUCUAAACUAUACAUUAUUCAGUGUACUACCGACGUUUGCUGACAUUCUUAUUGCAAUUAUUUUCUUUUUCACAACCUUUAGUGUUUAUUUCGGUUUAUUAAUAUUUGUUACUAUGAUCCUUUAUCUUGUGAUCACGAUAUUUAUAUCGGAAUGGCGAACAAAAUUCCGUCGUGAUAUGAAUGAAAAAGAAAAUUUCUCUCAUGCAGUUGGUGUUGAUUCUUUACUUAACUAUGAAACUGUAAAAUAUUGCAAUGCUGAACAGGCAGAAUGCGAUAGAUUCUCGCAUUCUAUUAAAAACUUCCAAAACAUUGAAUGGAAAACAAGUGCAUCACUUUCAUUAUUAAAUUUUUGUCAAAACUCGGUAAUCGGCAUUGGUUUGAUUAUUGGCUCAAUUCUUAUUGCAUAUUUUAUUUUAAAUGAUGGAAGUACGCUAACUGCAGGUGAUUACGUACUAUUUACAACAUACAUGCUGCAAUUAUAUGUUCCGCUCAAUUUUUUUGGCACUAUUUACAGGUUAGUUUUAAUUUGUUCUGGCUAA